AAAGCUAUACCCCCUCUCCCCGUCUCCUUGCCGAGCCCCACAGCCCCCUCGCUCCGUGCAUCUUCUUCCUCCUCGCUCGAGCGCCUCCACCGCAGCUUGAUCUCCCCUUCGAUUCUCUCGCUCCCGACCGUUUCUCCUCCCAUCACACCACGAACGGAUUCCGCCCUUUAGAUCCCCGUUUCAUAAUCUUCCCCAAUUCGUAACUGAGGCAAAAUCAAGGUAGGGCGGGCGCCCUACCUUGCCCUACUGGGUUCUCCGCCCGUGCAUCGAGAUGCUGCACGAGAAGCCCGUCCAGCAUGGUCCACCGGGCUUCCAUGAAGAUGGAACAAGCAGGCCGUGGACGGGAGAGAAGAGGCGCCGCAAGUGCCUACCUCCAUCAUCUUCCGACUCUCCUACCACUGCCCAGGAUCAUCCAGACCUGAUUUCGCAUGAUGCGACAGACAUGGAAGACAUCAUCCAAAGGGGGCAGGAUCAUAAGCUUUGGGUGCCGGGAGAAGAUGAGCGUUGGGGGCCGGAAGUAGAUAUAAGCGAGGAAGAUGCGAUCAGUUACAUUGAAAGAUUAGCUCCCGACGAUCCUGAUGAUUUGUACCCCAGGUGUAUGAUGACUUAUGCGGAAUUCGAGGAUGUAAGAGAGCGCAUUGCACGCUAUCGCAUCGCUUAUUACAAGAAGGUCGCAAAGCCAGAAUCUGCACGUGAGCUCAAGGGUCCAGAGAAAUACUCUCGGGAUGAACUUUGGAAGGAGAAAUACUUUGAGCAUCUAGAGGACGAUGAAAGUUUUGAGGGCUACUUCCUUCGUGAGCAUAGCAUGCUUCACGACUUGGAUGACUACCAACGGCUUGUCGUUUCUUAUACUGCGCAUGGUAGUCCUGGCAGUAAAUUCCUCUUUUGGGAGGACUACUGCGCACGUUAUCAUACUUAUGAUAUGGAUGAUGUUUAUGUCAAGUAUUAUCAAGAAUUAUCAAAGAGAAUCAAGUGGCUUGAAGGUUAUUGGAAUUUCAAUGGAAAGUCUGAGGAGUGGGAAAAAAUGAAUGUUAGAGCGUGGCGACAAGCAUUGAAGAUUGCAUUAAGCUUCCCCAAAAUGACUCUUCGUUUAGUUUCUUUUGCAUUUGAUGAGUACAUUUGGGAGCUGAAAAGUGAUGUGAGCGCCAAAGAUUUGGAUCUUGUCUAUUUUGAGAUUUGGAGGCUUGUCGCUAAGCAAAAUAGAAGUUUCAAAAAGGCCCUGGAGGAAGUAUAUGCAAUGGACAAAUUUCACUCCCAGAAACACAGAAUGGCUGCUGAACUGGAGGGGGCUUUGUUCAUCUGGAGUAUGGAAGAUAUGUUUAAAAAUCUCAAGUCUGGAGGUCACAUAUCUGUUGAAACUGAAGAACAUGAAGCCCGGACACUCUUCAGAAAUAUAGUUUACAAGCAUAAACACAUGAACAUGGCAGAGUACGCUCGGCAGAAGAUGGAGAUUGCAGCACUGAUGGGUUUGGCCCCGAGGUUCCAAGACCAAGAAUGAGAAGAGGCUGCUACACUGUUGUUUGUUUAGACUUGCAUGUCCUUGAACUUCUGUUAGUAAUUCAAGUGAGGUCGUGGGCAUUGGCAUCCACGAAGCACUGUAAGCUGAAUUUUCAGUGUCCCAGUUUGUCUCGUCACGUCAGCCCUGUUUCUUGUUGGUUUAUUAGUUCUCUGCACCUUGUCAUAUGUGGAUGAAAAUGAAGCAGUGAUUUGUACUCCCUCCCAUGUUAUAAGGAAUAUGGUCUCUGUUGCGAGUCAAAACUUUUUUAAGA